AUGUCUAUUAGUACCCCUGAAAUAAAUAGUAAAAACGGAAAGCUUGAGGGGUGUUAUACAAUAUUCUGUGACUCGCAAUUAUUGUUACACGGGACCGUUCAAAAUAUCAAUAUAAGGAAGAAAACGUUGAAUGAAGGAAAGCAGUUAUUGCUUAUGGGAUGGAUAAGCAAUUCUUUUGAUGAACGAAAUGUUCUGUCCUUUUAUUUCGAUGGUGGAACUUUUGAUGUCUCAUCCUUAAUCUUUAAAGAAAGAAUUCUCGAAGUAAAAGCCGUUGCUGAUUAA